GUUGAAACAGAAAGCGAACUAAGGAAGGUCUUAGAAACAACAUCCUUCCGAAAUGAAGAUGAGCCUUAUGUCCAAGAAGAUCAUUUUGAUGCUGAAUGGGCUGAAACUGUGAUGAGGAAAUUCCUUAUGUAUUACGAAAAUCAUAAUGAACCGCUAAAAAGAUCACAUCUCGAGUCUUGGUACGAUAUCAAUGUGUGGUCGCAUAUUGUUGACCAUGGUCUUUCCGAUAUAUUUGGAAUAGAAGUAGUCAGAAAGGAAUCAACAAGUGAUGCAUACGGAGCAAUCGAAGUAGGAAAAAAUUUUGAUGAAACAAAAUUGCUAGCUGAUGGAUUUAAAAUUAGCAAAGCUAUGCAUGACAUCUUCGUAUGUUUGUGUAGACUUGUUAAUCUUGAAGAAACCAAGAUAAGGAAAUUACAAAUCCCGGGCAUUCUUCACUUGGGUCUCAAAUCACAAGUUUUACAAAUGAGUAGUCCUAAAGGAUACAUAACAAUCUUAAAACAUGAUAAGCUUCUUGAGGUGCCAGCUACUAUUGAAAAAAUAAAAGAUCUUAUAAGAGUAUUGGUUAGCAUAUGGAAGAAAAUGAUCAAAGAUAAUAUGAAGAUAGUGUUCACUGUCCAAAAUCCAAAUGACUUCAAGCGAGAAUUAUUAGGCGAAGAAUCUCCCGAUGGAAUAGAUAUUCCAUGCCAUUCUGAUAAGGAGAAAGGUAUUACUUCUAAUUCCUUGCCUAAAAUAGAAUAUAGCUCAACCCAACCUGAAUCUUCAAUAGAGCCUGAAACAUCUACAACUUCUUUAUCACAAGAUAUUAUCCAUGAUGAUUCAGCUGAGAUCCUUGAUUUUUUAUCACUAGAAAAAUCAUCAGAAACAAUUUCAGAGGAAUCAACCGAUUCAAAUCAUGUGACUGAAAUUCCUGAAUCUAGUUCGGAAAGUAUACCUACUGAAUCUCAAGUUUCCGAUUCAUCAAGCUCUGAACCAUCUCAAGAAAAUGAUCAAGAUGAAUCAAAGACUCGAAGCUCUGCUUCCUCAGAAUUACCAGAAGCUAAA